AUGGCGAAGCAGACGGUGCACUCCCUGCUCCUGCUUCACCUGACGCUGCGCAUUGGCAGCGGCCGCUGCGAGAAGAAGGUGGCGGUGGUGCCGGGCCCUGUGGGGCGCGCGGCGCUGCCAGGCACCGUGGGCCCCGUGAAUCGCACGGCACUGCCGGGGCCUGCAGGGCAUCUGGUGCUUCCGGCGGCAGCGCCGGUGCUGCUCAACAGGCCUUUGAAUGUGGCUGUGGUGGCCGUCAAUGCUGAAGCCAAGAAGGCCAAGCAGGCAUGGAGGAUUCGGCCCUGUCAGCGUCAGCAUCCCAUCCGCCAGCUCUGGGAUCGAUCCUUGAAGCUUCCGCCGAAGCACUUGGAGUAUCUUCAUGCGGCCUGCUGCGACUUGAGUGCUUGCGUCCGGCAGGAGGCCGUGCUGCUGCUGAAGCGCUACGUGAAGGAACUGAUGUCCCGAAAGGCGCAGGGAUGCAGCCUGCAGGUGGUUAUUCUGACCUGCGCCAACCUGGCAGCCAAGUACUGGCAAAAUCAUGGGCUUCCGGAGCCGCAGCUGCACAAGCUCUCGUGCAAUGCCUUCACUCGCAAUGAUUUCAUUGACGCAGAGGUGGAGGUGCUGUCGCUUCUGUCCUGCAACGUCCAUUGGCCCGGCGCGCUGCUGAUCGAGUGGGUCUCGCUGCUGCUGUUCCUGUGCCAAGAUCUGCUGGCGGAUGGCUCCGACUUGGACAUCCUGCUGGACCUGGCUACGCGGCUGAUGGACGCCUUGGCCUUUCAAGACCAGCUGAUGGCGCAGCAUCUUCCCUCGCAGCUGGCGGCGGCCGUGGUGCAUGGCGCAGUGCAGCUGUGCACCAAGUCCUUUCAGGAGUACAAGCUCUGCCAGCGCGUGAACCACCUCUGUCGCGUAGAGGAUGGUGACGUGAGCAGUUUAUCGGAGCGGAUCUUGCAGGUGGUAGUGGGACAGCAAUGUGCUGAACUGGUCUUCGAGGGCGCCUCCUUGUCUGGGGCCUCUGAGACCACGGAGCAUCCGGACAGGGGUCCCAUUGCCCUGGCGGAUCGGGAGCGCGAGGAGCUCUGUGCCCAGAGAAGCACAACGAAGUCGGAGUUCUUGUUGAUCAAGCCCAAUGGUGUGACAUCCGUGGAGGAACCCGUACAGAAGUCCUUCUCCGCGCCGUCGCAGUCUGCGCCCAUUGCGCAAGCAGCGGAGCACACGGAGAUCAGUGCAGGCCCAGUGCAGGAAGCCAAAGCCGAAGGCGGUGCUUCUGCCGCGUGGCUCUCCGCCACGACGGCCCUCACUGAAGAGGAGCGACAGUUGAUGGGCGAUGCGGCCAAGGCCUACCAGCUCUUCCUGUUGCACGACCCCCGGGCCGCCGAGAUCUGGCCCGACCAGCUGCAGAACCUCCGGCAGGUCACGGGCAACGCGUUUGCAACGCGGGCAACGCGGGCGUUGCGGCCAGAGAUUGGGGGACAACGACAGCUACCAAAAAGGGGCGCUCUGAACGCUGCGGCCAUGGCUUUUACCUGCAGUAAUUGCGGCUUCGAGAGUUUUUCAAAGUUGAUUUACCAGGACCACAACUGUCAUGGCGAGUCAGGAUUGGUCCGCUGGGCAAGGUCUUCGCCCUCCUAUCACGACGACUUUGUUCGGAGUGAAGUGAAAUUUGCAGAUGACGAGGCGGCUUCAGGUAGUCCUUCACCCAUGAGUCCCAAGGAGGAGCUGCCGCUCCCGGGAAUGGUCACCGAGGACGACUUUCGAGACCCCGAAAGUGCGCCCUUCCGGUGCCUGUGCGGCUUCACCGCCUUCUCUCAGAUGCUCUAUGAGGAUCACGAGUGCAAAUAUGUGAUCCGGGAAGCCGUGAAGGCGUCGGUGAUGGCCAGUACCACGUCCCGGCUGAAGGAUGCAGGGCUCCAUGUCGAACGCCAGCUCGUUGGCUCGGACGGCAUGAAACAGGGCCCACAGACGGUGCUGGUGAAAGCCAAGGACACCGAAAAGGUGCUCUUUGGCCCCCGUCCCAUUGAGAAGGACAUGUCGGUCCAGAAGCUGAUUGAACGCAUCCUGGAGGUGAGAAAGCAGCCCUGGGCGACCUUGAAGCUCUUCCAUGAGGAUCGAGAGCUGGGGCUGCAGAUGGCACUGCAGAAGAUUCCAGAACGAUCCCUGCUGCUUCAGGCGGAAAUGAACAGUGCCACGCUCGACAUCCGAGCGAAGAAGUGCUUCUUCAACAAAUACCCGGACGUGAUCACGGAGGUCUGCAUUGCCCCUCAAACGGAGGAUGACUUUGAGGCUGACGUGAAGAAAAUCCGAGAAGAGCUCAGAGCUGUAUGUGGUCGCUACCGCAAGUCGUGCAGCUGUAUCACCGGCGACGUGGCGGUCAUUGAUGCCGCUGCGUUGUUGACGACCUUGGAGGAAAAACCCAAGAGUUUAAGUUGUGUGCCCCUUCAAAGCUGUCUACCGGAGGAUCAACUCGCACAGCUCAGAAGCUUUCUGCAGAAGGCGAAGACGGCAAAAGCAAGGCUGUGGAAACAUGAGGCCUAUUUUCGCUACUACGUCAUGGGCUGGACAGCUGGGCACAAGAUGAGGCUGUCGAGCGAAGACGCCCCCUCUCGCUCCCCCAACAAAUGA